AUGUCUGACGACCUUGUCCCAGGGUACAAUGAUGUAGCAGCAGGACUCUCGGCAGAGGUCCGUAGUUACUUUGCUAGUCAUCAGCACUACCGUCAGCUCAACACGCAGCCAAUGCAGGUCAUAUUUGUUCACGGCACAGCAGGCGUCGGAAAGAGCGCAGUUAUCAAGAGCGCGCUGCAGUCUCUUCCGUACCCUGUGAUCAACAGCAGCCUCGGCGAUAUUGUGGUUACCGCUAAUGGCGCAGCAGCGGCAUCCGUUAUUGUCUUGGAUCGAGUCGACGUCUUGGCCGACCGGGAUCUGACACAGGAAAUAGGCAAGUUGGGCAUGCAGUUCCUUCAGUUCACGCAGAGCCUGCCGCCAUCUGUCUUCAUGAUCCUCGAGUCGACUCGGCCAGCUACAUCCAUGCCGGCCAGCAUCAAGCGCAGCAUUGUAGUGCAGCAUGCGCUCGAGAUCCCUGUUCCAACCCGACCACGGCGUGAAAAAAUUGUGCAGUAUGCAGUUGCCAAGUAUUCUCGAACUGAAGGUGGCACGGAGCCAGGUGAUUCGUCGUUGAUUUCCCGAAUUGCCCGGGCAACCGCUGGAUAUGUUGCGCGUGAUCUGUGCAAUUUAUGCCGCCAGGCGUACCUGCGGAUGCUUCGCGCAGACAAUGGACUGCGGAAUGCAAUGCUUGAUGCCCGGCUUAUUGUGCGACCAUCGCAGCAGCUCGAGUUUGAGUGUGCCCUGCCGACAAAGACGUGGGCGGACAUUGGAGGAUAUGGUCCGGUGAAGAGCAUGUUGCAACGGUUUAUGAAGUUGGCGACGUCCGAAACAUCGUCGAGGCUGGGCAUUAAGCCACCGACGGGCGUUCUUCUCCACGGACCAACGGGCUGCGGGAAAACCGCAAUGGCACUGGCGAUGAUUGCAGAUAGCUCAUGCAAUGUGAUCUGCAUCCGUGGAUCUGAGCUGUUCUCAAAGUACCUGGGCGAGACUGAGGCCCGGCUACGGCGUCUGUUCCAGGCAGCGCAGGCCUGCAGCCCCUGGUCGUCUGUAGAGAGCGGGGGGCCAGGGCUGCGUGUGCUCAGCACGCUGCUCAACGAGAUGGACGGCGUGCAUGAGACCAGGGGCGUCAUUGCCGUGGGAUGUACCAACCAGAUUGAUAAGAUCGAUGAUGCGAUUCUACGCCCAGGGCGAUUUGACCAGCUGGUCCAUGUGGGGAUGCCCGCACUUGAGGACCGCGCGGGGAUUGUGCAGACGCUGGCACGUAAUUCGCCGCUAGAGGCCGAUGUGCGUAUGGAUGAGCUCGCGCGGCUUACAUCCGACUACAGUGGUGCUGAGCUGGAGCAGCUGUUCCGGGAAGCAGGAUUGGCAGCCAUGCGCAGCGAUGCUGACGCUAUUGCGCUGAGCAUGGAGGAUUUCAUGGAUGCACUCGAUAAGGUCGACGACAAUCAGCAGUGA